AUGACCAGCGCAGCGUUUCGGUAUAUUGAUCCAUCCUCGUAUGAUCCUCAUGCGACUGAGCCUUUCAAGAAGCCAUGGAAUAAAGUGGAUGGGCCCGGGUUUUCCUACAAGCUUACAAUUCAUGAGUGCUCAGUCGAGAAUCUCCGAGACCAUGAAUUCGAAUUUUCGAUCGAUACCGCUGGGUUUGCUUUGUUCAAGUCUCCAACAAUGGAGUCCGCAUUCACCGAUGAUGAACAAGUGAGGACGAGAUACUACGCCGAGAUUGAAGACCUUCUCCGAAACAGGUUGCAUGGCGUGAAGAAAGUGGUCAUAUUUGACCACACAAUUAGACGGCAAUCUCAAGGGUCAAGUCGCCGCCCCGUUGAGUUGGUUCAUGUAGACCAGACACCGAGCGCUGCUGAAACUAGGGUUUGCCGCCAUCUUCCAGAAGAUGAGGCAAAAGAGCUUUUGUGUGGCCGAUACCAGAUUGUCAAUAUUUGGCGGCCUAUCCAGGCCCCAGCAUCGGACUUCCCUUUGGCCGUCAUCGAUUGGCGAAGCACUCGUCCUUCCAAUUAUGUGAAAGUGGAUCUACUUUAUCCCAGGAACUUUCAGGAUGGAAGAGAGAUGGCACCCGAUCCUGACUCCGCACAAUCGACCGAAGGAUACGAGGUCAAAGGAGAGCAGUAUGCCAUUGCUCCCGAUGAAAGGCACCGUUUCUAUUAUGUGAAGGACAUGGCUCCUGAGGAGGUCAUGCUGAUCAAAUGUUUUGAUUCAAGAAGCUAUACUAUGACCGGUGGGCAAACAAAUAUCGCUCAUGCAGCGUGCCAUAGUGCAUUCCGCGACCCAAAUACACCACCUGGAUCCCCUGCAAGGCAGAGUAUCGAAGUUCGAUGUUUGGUCUUCUACAAUUAG